CAAAGAAGACCACAUCGUUAUUUGUGUGUGAAGGAAUACAAUAUUAGUUUUUCAUAACUAUUGUGCUGUUUCCGAAAGUCAGUAUGUCGAAAAUGUCGCUGAUUUUCAAUCCCCACAAUAAAUUAGGGGAGGGAGGUUAUGGUAUCGUUUGCAAGGGAUCCUGGGAUGGAAAAACAGUGGCCAUCAAGCGAAUUCAACUACAUCAGUGCUGCAACCAAGAAGAAGAUGCAAUGAAAAAACUCGAUCAUCCAAACGUCGUAAAAUUUUUUCACGCCGAGAGUGACGAUAAUUUCAGAUAUUACUGUCUUGAAUUGUGUGAUGGCACGUUGGACCAAAUGUUAUCUAAAGACAACGACCCAGAAAAAUUCUUGAAGGCCCACCCAAUGCCCAUACAAUUACUUAACAUUUACCAAUUAGCUACUGGCCUGGAAUACAUUCACAAACAGGGACUGAUCCACCGUGAUCUCAAGCCGGAAAACGUUCUAAUUAUUAAGAAUCGAGAAAACCAAGAAACAAUGAAAUGGGCUGAUUUCGGACUGAGUAAACCAGUGAAUGAAAGAGGAACUUGUUCUAUGAGUGGAAUGGUGGGAGGUAUCCGUACGAUUCGGCCAAUAAUUUUAGCCGAAUAA